GCUCGGGCGUCCCGCGAGUUGCUCGGCGCCCGGCAACAUCAGCUCAUGGCGAUGGCGCUCCAGAUGCAGAGAGGCAGCUACGCAGGCGGCGCCAUCCCGCCGUCGGGGGCUCUGGACACAAACGAUCGGUUCUCUUCAUCAAAGCGGAGGAUGACACCCGAGCUGCUCCUGGACAUCUGUAAGGAGAGGUCCAUGUGGAGCCAGCCCCACCUGAACACGCAGUUGUGGCUAAACUUCAAGGGCUUCGACGCGAUUGAGGGCCUGGAGCUGUACACCCGGGUGCGAACACUGCACCUCGGUAACAACAACAUAGGUAGGAUCGAAGGGUUGGAUAGAAUGGCCGAUUUGCGCAGCCUCCACCUCGAGGGAAACCGCAUUACUUGCAUAGAAAAUCUGGAUAGCAAUUUAGAACUGCGGCAAUUGAACUUCGAGUCGAAUGGGAUUACGAGAGUCACUGGGAUAGCUCACCUGCAGAAGCUCGAGCAGAUCAGUCUUUCUAAGAAUUGCAUCGAAGAUCUAGAGAAUCUACGCGAACUCAGAUCACUGCCAGGACUGGCCAACAUCGAUGUGUCACACAAUAAAAUUGAGGCCGAGUCGGGCGUGGUCGAAUUCUGGGCCGAGAUGGUCGACACUCUGAAGGUGUUGCGCUACCAUGGGAAUCCAGGUGUUCGCAACGUGGAGCACUACCGCAAGAGGCUGAUCAACGCGCUGCCGCAUCUGGGCUACUUGGACGAGCGCCCCGUGAAGCCGGUGGAGCGCCUGUCGUGCUCUGCGUGGGCCGAGGGCGGCAUGGAGGCCAUGCACAGGGCAAAGGAGGAGUUCUUCAGGUCCCAGCACCAGAUGUGCGCCGUGGACCCCGACCGGCGAGAGCUGGUGACGCGGAACCGCCAGGCGGCCAUUGCACGCAUCGAGCGGGAGGCCAAAGAGCGCGAGGAGGCCGAGGCGCGGCAGCAGGCGGAGCUGGAGAAGGCCGGCGUAGAGGCCACGGCGGCGUCCUCCGGGGACCCGGCCGCGCUGAAGGCGUACGCGGACGCCUGGCAGAAGAAGGUGAGCCUCUACGGUGCCGACGGCGUGCGGGCCCGUGCGUCGCAGGAGGCUGGCUCCAGGACGCCCGCCCUGAGCUCCACCUCCCCCGAUUCUGCCGCCUACGGCUUCGCCCCGCCGCAGCGCGGCGGCGGCGGAGCCCCAGACGGGCCACCGCGAGACGCGCCGAGCGUCAGCGCUCACGGGCUGAGGAGGUGCCACUUGCAGCAGAAGGGCGCCUCCGACUUCCUCGCGGGCGGGGGCGCAGGGCCCGGCCACGACGCCGAGGGACCCGAGGAGCGGCAGUUUGCUGCCCUCGGCGACGACCCUUGGAAAGAGUGUGCCGCCCUCAACGGUUGGGGCGCGAGCGGGGCCGCAGGCCAGCGGGGCGGCCAGCGCGGCAGCGGCGGCGGCGGCCAGGACGAGGUCGUGCCAGACAUCUGGCAGAAGCUCGCGCCGGCGGCCAAGAUGGCCGAGAUGCAGAUGCUGGAGCAGAGCAUUGGGCGCUCGGCUCCCGUGGACGCCCCUUCCGCGGCCGACAGGCCUCGGGAGACACCGCCGGCCGCGGCGGACGAGCUGAACUCCCUGGACUGA